AUGGCUUCAAUCUUUAUAUUUAGACUGACGAUUCAUCUCUCUCUUAUCAGCCAAGUAGUGUUUCUCCUUGUUCUACCCAUAACUGCAUUUUCAGCUCAAGUUGCACCUGUUGGGCAAUAUGGGUAUGAAAAGGAGCUUGAGUUCAAGUACUACAUCAUUGAAAGCGGGUCUGGUCCUAAUGCUACAACGAUACCUGUGGCAGGUGUUGCCGGAGAGAAUUGGAGCCCGGCCACCUGGGGAACAAUCGAAGUCAGUAAUCCACUGUUGGUUGAAUACCCAAGUCCAUACUCGCGAAAAGUUGGUGAAUCCCGGGGCUUGGUAGUGGCUGCAUCAAAAGACGGAAGCACCAAGUAUAAUGGCAGCACGUUAGAAGUACAAGGAACAUUAGACAGGGUUUCUAGGGGAACUAGCGAGCUUUCAAUCGUUGGAGGUACCGGAAAGAUGAAGAACGCGAAGGGUAGCGUUACUCUUCAAUCGUAUUUUGCUAACAAGUCUUACUCAAUUAUAGUCUUACUCAAUUAUUACAGCCAAGUACAAAAUUUCAUUUUCCAAAUGACCAUCUUUGUCAUAACCUCGGCCAUUAUCAAUUGUUGA